UACAAAAAUGGUCGAGAGUUGCCAGCAACGGACAAAGCGAAACCGAAAAAAGUCUCUGAUACUGUUUAUCAACUUGAAAUUCCGGAUGCUGAUAAGGAUGUCACCGGCGACUACAAGGUGGUGGUAUCAGACGAAGAAGGCCAGGAAGCGCAGUCAUCAUGCAAGCUUACUGUAAAAGUGCCAGCAUUGGAGUUUACAAAAGGCUUGGAAGAUCAGACUGUUGAUGCUGGUACCACGGCCAUCCUUAGCGUUGAGGUGAACUCGCCUCCAAAAGAAGUCAAGUGGUAA